AAAAAAUGAGAUGCGCAUGAGAGGUUACAUUUACGCAAAGGAGGAGGAGGCGGCGACAACGACAACGACGACGACGACGACGUCGGGGCGAUGGGAAAGUGAACCUAUUUGCGCAGGCGCACUAGACUGUUCUUCCUUUUCAUUCUACCCUUCCUCUUUUCCAUUUUCACUGCAGCGUCUUGGAGGUAUCGCCCUUGCUUGCUGUCAGUGGAAGUAGGUGAGAUGGGACACAGAGGUGGAUCUUGGGUGACCCAAGGAAAUUGAGACUUGCCAAAGCAGAGAUUAAAGGCAGAUCCCUCUGUGAACCAAUUCCAUAGAGGCAACUUUCAAAGGCAACCAGCAGAAAGAUCUCUGCAUUUUGUCCAUGUGAAGCCAGAUCUGUGAGGGAUCAGCAAGUGCUACUAUCAGAGUGACUAUGGAAAACGAAGGUGAUGUUGAGGGUGCCAAGAUAAGCAAUGCAAAUGCAGUGGAAGGCAAGUGCCCUAUCCAGCAGCCACCUCAUGAAGAACUUAUCUUUCAUGAGGAAACAAUUGAUCUUGGUGGAGAUGAGUUUGAGUCUGAAGAAAAUGAGACCGUCUCAGAAGAUUCUAGUAACUUUAUAGAUAAACUUAAUGAGCACAUGAUGGAGAGUGUUAUGAUAUCAGAUUCUCCAAAUAAUAGCGAAGAUGAUGCUGGUGAUCUUGGUUGUCUGCAGGAAAUUGUAAAGCAACUUGAAGCAAAAGACAUCCAUGUAGUAGAAGAUGGGAUGGAGAAAGAAGCAAUUACUAAUGAGAUUAAAACUGAACUUGAAGGUGUUACUAAAGUUGUUCCUGAUAGUGGAAUUGAUGACCAAUCCCCUUUAAAAGAAGAGUUGAUUCAGGAACCAGCAAAAGAUGAACUGAAAGUGGAAAGUGGCGAACUGCUUAAUGCUGCAUCAAAUGGAAUUGAUGAAUGCAAAUUUGAGGAGAAGAUACCCUCACCAUUAGCCAGCAAAUUGUCUGUCAACUCUGAGCCUAUUCCUGUAUGUACUAUUUUCAGCCAGGGAAGUCACAUGAAUGGCCAGCAGCAGUUCCUGCAUGAUGGUUUUGAGCUACAAAUGGUGAAAUCACCUAGCUUAGGUGGUAUAAGCGAGACUCCAGUAAAAAUGCAUCCGCAGGUGGUUCAACCUAGUCCAAGCCUAAGCAAGUUUUUUGGUGAAGCAAUUAAUACUAAUACUCUGGCUUCUGAUUUUUUUGAUUCAUUUACCACAUCCUCUUUUAUUUCUGUAAGUAACCCCAAUGCAAGCUCAUCCGUACCAGAGCAAAUGUCUUCUCUUGUAACAGCUGGGGAGUUCCACGAUUCUGCCGAUCAUAAGUACUGUGUUAACAAUGAAAGAGCUGAGGCUGGGAGAUCUGCCUCUUCUCCAGAAAUUUCACAGUCUCCAAAGCCGUUUUCCCAGAUCCAAGCAGUUUUUCAAGGUGGCGAUGAUCCUUUUAUAUCUGUGCUGAAUAUGAGUGAGAUGGACAGAAGAAAUGAUGCUUGGCUUCCUAGUGAUGGAACUAGGAAUGUGCUGAUUUCAGUGGCUACACAGCAGUAUAGUAAUGUUUUCAUAGACAAAGAGAAUCUCACAAUGCCUGGGUUAAAAUUUGACAACAUUCAGGGUGAUGCAGUAAAAGACUUAAUGCUUCGCUUCCUUGGUGAACAGGCUGCAGCGAAAAGACAAGUUCUAAAUGCCAACUCUGUAGAACAGUCUUUUGUGGGUUUGAAGCAACUGAUAAACAGCAAAAACUGGAGAGCAGCAGUUGACUUAUGUGGACGACUUCUGACAGCCCAUGGUCAAGGCUACGGCAAAAGUGGCCUACCCACAAGUCAUACAACAGACUCUCUGCAGCUCUGGUUUGUAAGACUAGCCCUUCUAGUGAAACUGGGCCUUUUCCAAAAUGCUGAAAUGGAAUUUGAACCGUUUGGAAAUCUAGAUCAGCCUGAUCUAUAUUAUGAAUAUUACCCCCACGUAUACCCAGGACGCAAAGGUUCCAUGGUUCCUUUUUCCAUGCGGAUUUUGCACGCCGAACUUCAACAGUACCUAGGGAAUCCCCAGGAAUCACUUGAUAGACUGCACAGUAUGAAAACAAUCUGCACAAAGAUAUUAGACAAUUUGGAACGUGGCUUUGCAGAAGAUGGAAGCAUGACUAACAUUACCCAGGAGAACAGACAAGCCUCCGUUCAGCUGUGGAGGUCACGUCUGGGCCGGGUGAUGUACUCUACGGCAAACUGUCUGCUAAUGAUGAAGGACUACGUGCUUGCUGUGGAGACAUAUCACACAGUCAUCAAAUAUUACCCAGAGCAAGAGCCUCAGCUGUUGAGUGGAAUUGGGAGGAUUUUCCUGCAGAUUGGAGACAUAAAAAUGGCUGAAAAGUAUUUUCAAGACGUUGAGAAAGUGACUCAGAAAUUGGAUGGGCUGAAGAACCAAAUUAUGGUUUUAAUGAACAGAGCAUUUCUACAUCUUGGUCAGAACAAUUUUGCAGAGGCUCACAAAUUCUUCACAGAGAUUUUGAAGGUUGACCCAUCAAAUGCUGUGGCUAACAACAAUGCCGCUGUUUGUCUGCUUUAUCUGGGAAAACUGAAGGAUUCCCUCCGGCAGCUGGAAGGAAUGGUUCAGCAGGACCCUAAACACUACCUCCACGAGAGCGUCCUUUUCAAUUUGACAACUAUGUACGAACUUGAGUCCUCUCGCAGCAUGCAGAAGAAGCAGGCUCUGCUUGAGGCUGUGGCUGUCAAAGAAGGUGACAGCUUCAACACUCAGUGUCUCAAGUUAGGAUAAGGCCAUCCUUUUUUAGUCUGGAAGGGAUCAUUUCAGAAGUUGUAUAUACUCCUGCUAAUCUGUAAACGUUCCUCUAGCAAGUGCAAUAAAAAGUUUUUUAAUUAUGAA